UGUCUUGGACACUAUGCAGCAGCCCUUUCCUUUCCAUCAGCAUCUCCAGCUUGUUGCCUACCUCUGCUGGAUUCCCUUGCUGGCCAUUAGCGCUGAGUCAGCGGCAUUAGCUCCGGAGUGCUGGCCGGGGGGGCACCGCAUCCUCCGGGACCCCCGCAGGAGCACCAGCUUCGACUCCCUGGAGCUGCAGCGAGCGGCCAGCGCGGACCUGCUGUGUGACCACUCCCUGCCCCCGGCAUGGUACCGCCUCAAGCUGGGCCAGCGGCCCGUGGAAAUGCCCACCCGAUGUGUCGAGAUGAACAAGUGUGGGACACAAGCUCCGGUGUGGCUGUCGCUGAAGUCUGAAUCCCUGCCAGCUCCUGGGGAGAGCAAGAGGCUGACGGGCUGUGCCACCUGGCAGGGUUUUGGGGGCACCAGGGACUGCUGCCUGUUCCGGAUCCCCGUGGCCGUCAGGAACUGCGGCGCUUUCUUUGUGUAUCUCCUGCAGCCCACGCCAGGAUGCAUGGGCUACUGUGCAGAAGACAAGCCCACAAGCCUGGCUUUGCGUCCGGCCAUCACUCCCGAGCUCGUGCAAGGCCGAGUCCACCUGAAGUGCAGCUACAGCCCCCCUGCCCCUGAGCCCCCAGUGCAGUUCAGGGUGCUCUGGUCUCGCCUCUCCAGCCCUGGGAAGAGGGAGCAGAUCCACCAGGAGACAACCCCGCAGCCGUUUUCCUACGUGGAGAUGGACGGCGCGAAUCUCCGCCUGGGAGACACGGUCUUUUGCACUGUCACAGCUUUUAGGAGGGGCUCUCCUGAGCAGCAGUCACUGCCUGAGGACAGCAAAAGUUUCUAUGCUGGGAUUAAGUUCUUACCAGAAUCACUAGAAAUUGCAGAGGAUGGCAAGGAGCAUGUUUUGACUGUCCUGAGCACAGUACCCAUUGCCUGUCCUGGGCAGGAUGAUUCCUGUAAAAUUACUUUGCAACUAAGUACUGAGGACUUGGGCAGCCAGGUCCCAGGGCCCCCUGACAUCGCCCUCUCGGCCUGCCGGGUGGAUCUGCUGCCGGAGCCGUGCUCGGGGAGCGGCUGUGCUGCGGCCACGGUGACGGUGACGGCCGUGACGGACUUCGCGCAGGACGGGCCCCGCGUCAGCCGCGUCAGCGCUCGGCCGGCCGCGCCAAGGGAUGGGCUCUGGAGGGCUCACACACCCAGGGAUGUGAAGGUCACAGUUCAAGACCUCCCAACAGGGAACUGCUACUCUUUCACUGAUCCACACAUUAUCACAUUUGAUGGAUGGCGCUACGACAGCCACAAGAUCGGGACGUUCCUGCUGUGCCGCAGCGAGUCGCGGGCGUUCGAGGUGCACGUCCGGCAGUGGGACUGCGGCGGCCACCGCUCCGCCACCGCCUGCAACUGUGGCGUAGCUGCACGAGAAGGGGGUGACACCGUGGUGCUGGACACCUGCAAUGGCCACUUUCAGGACAGCGGGCCCCAGCUGACCAUCAAAAGCACCGAGGCAUCGCCGCUAGUCAAAAUCCUGAAGUCUUACGGAGGCAGGAAAAUAACAUUCUUCCUGGAUUAUAGUGAGUGGCUUAGGGGAAUGAUAGUCUGGUCAUCUCAUGCAGAGGACAGAGGGACAUUUGAGCUCACUGUGGAGCAGCUAAUUCCUCCAGGGAAGAGUUUAUUUGACAAGACUCCAGCACCCUCUGAGAGGAAGCAAAGGAAAAAUUUCUGCAGAUGCCAGGAGAGCACCAAACCUGUGGCUGUGGAAAACACAAAAAAUGCUUUUCAGACUCCUUCCCAUGAGCCCUCUGGUUGCCAUCAUGACCAUGUGGACCACAGCUUUGCAAUCCCAUAUCUGGAUGUUACAUCUGAGUUUGUCACUCACGCAGAAGCAGAGUCAACUUUGAGAAAAGAGGCAAAACCACCAACUAAGACUUUUGGUCAAAGAUAUUUUUCUAAAUCAGUCCAAAAGCGAAGAAGCCCUGAGGUCCCACUAAAUCCCCUCCUACACAAAGUUUCCAUUAAUCUCAACAGUUCUAUUCACUCUACCAAACCAACAGGAGACCUAAUGAAAGCAAAGAGGCAAGACAAGUAUUAUAAAUAUUCAUCCUUUCACCCACUGCAUGGCCCAGCCCAGAGACACUCAGAGAGCUUUGCAUAUUUUUUCCCUGAGGAUUACUUUGAAGGGGUUCGGAUGAAAUUCCCACUGUCAUGGCCCACUCCCAAUGGCCUGACUGCCACCAAAGCUCAGGAGAUUUGCCACCAAAUUCUUGCAAAUUCCACCAUUGGCUUGGCGUGUAAAGGCCUCCUGGCAGAACACCUGGAUGAGGCAAUUGAUAUUUGCCUGCUGGACCUGCAGCUCAAAGACGACGUGGCUUGGGUGAAAGCACUGGUAGCCCUUUUGGAAAAUGAGUGUGAAAGGAGAGUGCUGGGGAGCAGGAAGGGAGAGCUCCCAGUUGGAAACCAGGCACCUGCUGCCCGGGAGGAGAUCCUCGCUGCUCUCCGGUGUCCCGCACUCUGCAGCGGAUGCGGAUGCUGCACGGAGCUGGGCUGCCAGUGCCGUGCAGGCCACAGCUCCCACGACUGCAGCACUGCCAAAAAGCAAGCUUUGGAAAUCACAGCCUUGGAGAACGGGGGCCUCUGCGACGUCCGAGCCUCGGAGUGCAGCAGGAUCCGGGUGUUUGGCCUCGGGUUCAAAGACUCUCCCAGCCUGCACUGCCAGGUCACCAGGCUCAUCCAUCUCAAUGGCGAAUGGAUAUCAAGAGAAGAAGAAAGCACAAAAGCAGAUUUCCUGAGCUCUGAGGCUGUGGACUGCCAGAUCCCACUCCUGAACAUCACAGAGGCCGUGCACUUCGUGGCCGGUGACGAGCCCUUUGCAAGAUGGCAAGUGAAAGUCACUAACGAUGGCUUGCAGUACAGCAACUCCCGAGUGCUGACCCUGUACGACGCGGUCUGCCAGCUCUGCCAACUCCACCCCACCGCACUUUGUAAAUUAAAGGAAAAUACAUGCAAUAUCGAUGGACUUUGCUAUGGUGAAGGAGAGUCAAGCCCUACAAGCCCUUGUCUUCUCUGUGAACCUGACAUUUCUAAGUUCACCUGGUCUGUUAAUGAAAACAACCUGCCUCCUGUGUUCCAGGCCCCCUCCAGCCAGCUGCUGACAUUUAUUGGUGAGAAUUUUGUUUACCAGCUAAUAGCAGUGGAUCCAGAAGGGUCAGCUGUGCUAUUCAUCUUGGAGGCUGGGCCACGGGAUGCCAGGCUCUCUCCUGCUGGCCUGCUGCUCUGGAAAGUGGAUUCAGAAGAAAUGCAGACCUUUGAAUUCACUGUGUCAGAUGAGUGCAAUGCACAGAGCAGAUACUCUAUUGAGGUCGGAGUGAAGCCCUGCAGCUGCCUCAGUGGUGGCACAUGUGUCACCAAUAUCAAAUACCCUCCAGGCCUUGGUGAAUACCUAUGCUUGUGUCCAAAUGGAUUUGAUGGAGAAUUCUGCCAGGAAGACAUCAGGGACUGCAAAUCAAACCCCUGUGGCAGCGGGACCUGCGUGGACAGCAUGGGGAGCUACUUUUGUAAAUGCCCCCCUGGCUUGGGAGGGCUUACUUGUCAGGAAGACAAGAAUGAAUGUGAAGAGAGUCUUUGUUUUCCUGGAGUAUCUUGUACUAAUACCUUUGGAUCUUAUGUAUGUGGAAUUUGCCCCACUGGGAUGGAGGGAAACGGUAAAACUUGCAAAUCUGUGCUUGCUGCUGACGUUACAGAAGCUUUAAGCAAUGGCAAAGGUGAAUUGAACAGGAUGAAGGUUAAGCAGCCACUGCAAUCCUUAGAGACAAAGGAUUCUCCUGUAAUUAAGAAUUUUAACAUAAGUGAUAGGCACGGAGCUGUGGCACAGGUCCCCAGCUGUGCCAGCAGGCCGUGUUUCCCUGGAGCGCCCUGCUUUGACCGCAAGCCCCCCUACCUUGGGUACCUCUGUGGCCGCUGCCCUGAGGGGUUUUUUGGAAAUGGUCGGAGCUGUACCAAAGUCCCCAGAGCAGUUUCAAGAUCUUUCCAAGCCCACGUGGAUUUUCCUGGAAGAAAUAUUGAAGAUGCUGGAGCCUCUCAUCAAGAUGUAUCUAAGACAUCAAGAAAUGUAUUUUCCCUUCUUUCUCAACCCCAAAUCCCAAGACAAGAUAUUACAUUCCUUUUGGAAAGAAACCCCACAGCCAUUCACACUCCAUCCCUUACAAUGGAAAGGGAGACUUCCCAAGCUCAGACACCACCAGAAAAACAGCCUGAUACGGAGUUCACAGCACCUGAGAAACAACCUUUUCAUGAGAAAAGAAGUGAUCUCACACCCCUUCUGCACGAGGAGCCAGAGCCCAGAGCCCCAGGUGUUGGUGUGACCUCCCACCCCUCUCUCCAUUUUAAGCAGCACAAAGAAACUACAGCACGGGCUGUUCCUCCCCAUCCCAACACAAAUCCAGGUUCAUUUCCUGCAGGCUCACAGACUCAUUCCAGGCAUGGUUACUCUCUCAGGAAAUGGCCCAGUCAAGUCUCAUUCUUGAGGAAUAACCCACCCCAGGGUUUCCCAACAGAGCAGCCCAGAGCAUCUCCCCUGGCCACGCGCCUCCCUGCUCCUCCCCGUUGGCUGGGCCCUUCCCUGGCUGCUCCAUCCCGGAGUGCUGGGUCUGCUCCUGGAAUAGGGCUCCCAGCACACAGCACAGCAGCCAGGAGGAUGCUCAGCAGAGCAAGGGGUGCUGUGGAGCUGCCAAAAACCAGCGGUGGGGUGCAGCACAGAGCAGUGUGUGCUGAGCUGCCCUGUUUCACGGGGGUGCAGUGUCAGCCAGCCGGAGAUGGAGAGUUCCAAUGUGGUCCUUGUCCCCCUGGAUACAGCGGUGAUGGAAUCACGUGUGAAGCUCAGUGUGAGCCCCCGUGUGAGCAUGGAGGAACUUGUUUGCCUCACAACACCUGUUCUUGUGCUUAUGGAUUUGUGGGGCCUCGGUGUGAAACAAUGGUGUGCAGCAGGCACUGUCACAACGGGGGCGUGUGUGUGUCACCAGACGAGUGCCAGUGCAGGCACGGCUGGAGCAGCCCCUCUUGUGAGACAGCUGUGUGCAAUCCUGUGUGCCUGAAUGGAGGAGUCUGUGUACGGCCAAACACGUGCUCCUGUCCUUCUGGUUUCUAUGGGCCACAGUGCCAGAGAGCUGUUUGCAUUCCCCCCUGUAAGAAUGGUGGUCACUGUGUCCGGACCAAUGUCUGCUCCUGCGCCGAGGGCUACACUGGGACAAGGUGCCAGAAAAGUGUCUGUGAGCCCACGUGCAUGAACGGGGGGAGAUGUGUCCACCCCAAUGUCUGUGACUGCCCGUCUGGCUGGAGGGGAAAGCACUGCAGCAAACCUGUUUGCCUGCAGAGGUGUCUCCAUGGAGGGGAGUGUGUGGGUCCCAACGUCUGCCAGUGCUCCAGAGGAUGGGUGGGAACGUUCUGCCAGACCCGUGAGUGCUCCUCAUUCCUGCAGUUUUGUAACGCCUCAGCUCUCAAUAGGAUGAAGAGAACAGCAGGACAAUGAAGACAAUAAUUUGGGUAUUGAUAAUCUGACCAAGCACGUUUUUCAUUUGGGAAGAUGCAGUGUGGAGAAAUGGAUAGUUCUCUCCCUUUUAUCCUUAUAUAAUCACACAGAAGAAUGAAGAAAAAAGCCAAAAUCUUUCUUUCAUGUCAAUAAACCAACAUUUAUUUUCAAACCUGUCUAUGGCAAGACUCAAAUUUAUGAUCUGC